UACGUGGCUGCGGGGAGUGGGGGGCCAGUGCAACGCGGCCGGGAAGGCGGGGCGCGGCCAGGGGGCGGCGCGGAGGCCCCGGCAGAGGCAUGCGCCCUGGUCCGCCCCCCGCCCCCGGCCGCCCGAGCUCAGCCAGCUGAGCGGCGGGAGCCGAGCGGGGCCGCGGCGGAGGCGGCGCCCAGGGAGGGAGGGCAGCGGGGCCAAGCGCAGCGCAGCUCAGCGCUCUGGCCAUCGGCAGCCUCCACCGCCAGGAUGCCCCGGCCCGAGGGCCGCUCCGCCGCCAGCCACCUCCGCGGCCCCUGGCGGUGGGCACUCAAUGCCGGGGCGCGGGAACCGCAGCCAGAGCCAGAGGCGGGAGCGGCGAGCCGGAGCCACGGGCGCCUCAAUGCCGGUGCUCUGGUGCCAUUAUUGGAGUCCUCACCGAGUGCUCAUUGCUCCCUCUGCAGCUGCUCGUGGUCCCUGGCAUCACCAGGCCCCCACGUGUGAGGGCAGCUGCAUUGCAAAGAGGCCUGGCUCUGAGGAGAAUGCCACGGCCGCUCGCCAGCUCCAGUCUGCACCAUGAGUGAUGAGCGUCGGCUGCCUGGCAGUGCGAUAGGUUGGCUGGCAUGUGGAGGCCUGUCGCUGCUAGCCAACGCCUGGGGCAUCCUCAGUGUGGGUGCCAAGCAGAAGAAGUGGAAGCCUCUGGAGUUCUUGCUUUGCACGCUGGCAGCCACCCACAUGCUCAAUGUGGCGGUGCCCAUUGCCACGUAUGCCGUUGUGCAGCUGCGGAGGCAGCGUCCCGACUACGAGUGGAACGAGGGCCUCUGUAAGGUCUUCGUGUCAACGUUCUACACCCUCACGCUGGCCACCUGCUUCUCCGUCACCUCCAUCUCCUACCACCGCAUGUGGAUGGUCCGAUGGCCAGUCAACUACCGGCUGAGCAAUGCCAAGAAGCAGGCAGUGCACACAGUUAUAGGCAUCUGGAUGGUGUCCUUCAUCCUGUCGGCCCUCCCUGCCGUCGGCUGGCAUGACACGAGCGAGCGUUUCUACACCCACGGCUGCCGCUUCAUCGUGGCUGAGAUUGGCCUGGGCUUCGGCGUCUGCUUCUUGCUGCUGGUGGGAGGCAGUGUGGCCAUGGGCGUGGUCUGCACAGCCAUUGCCCUCUUCCAGACGCUGGCCAUGCAGGUGGGGCACCGGGCUGACCGCCGCGCCUUCACCGUGCCCACCAUCGUGGUGGAAGACGCACAGGGCAAGCGUCGCUCCUCCAUCGACGGCUCGGAGCCUGCCAGAACAUCGCUGCAGAUCACAGGCCUGGUGGCCACCAUUGUGGUCAUCUAUGACUGCCUCAUGGGCUUCCCUGUGCUGGUGGUGAGCUUCAGUAGCCUGCGGGCUGAUGCCUCAGCACCCUGGAUGGUGCUCUGCGUCCUGUGGUGCUCCGUGACCCAGGCCCUGCUGCUGCCUCUGUUCCUCUGGACUUGCGAUCGUUACCGGGCGGAUCUCAAGGCAGUCUGGGAGAAGUGCGUGGCCCUUAUGGCCAAUGAUGAGGACUCUGACAAUGAGACCAGUCUAGAGGGCAGCAUCUCCCCCGACCUGGUAUUGGAGCGCUCCCUUGACUACAGCUAUGGAGGUGACUUCGUGGCUCUGGACAGGAUGGCCAAGUACGAACUGUCUGCCCUGGAGGGAGGCUUGCCCCAGCUCUACCCUCUGCGGCCACUGCAGGAGGAUCGGAUGCAGUAUCUGCAGGGCGCGGGGAGGCAUCGGUGCGGGUUUCCAGGAGGGCAGCCCUGUUUCAGCCCGGCCGGGUGCUCGCAGGUCCCGCCCACCCGGCGGUUCUCCCACGACGAUGCGGACGUGUGGGCGGCCGUCCCGCUGCCCACCUUCCUUCCACGCUGGAGCUCGGGCGAGGACUUGGCAGCCCUGGCACACUUAAUGCUGCCCGCGGGCCCCGACCGGCGGCGCGGGAGCCUGCUGGCCUUCGCCGAGGAUGCGCCCCCGUUCCGCCCGCGCCGUCGCUCGGCCGAGAGCCUGUUGUCCCUGCAGCCCUCGUCCCUAGACGGCGGCCCGCGUCGCGCCCACGACUCGCCUCCCGGCAGCUCGCGUCGCCGCCCCGGGCCUGGCGGCCGCUCCGCCUCGGUAUCGCUGCUGCCGGACGCCUUCGCGCUGACCGCCUUCGAGCGAGAGCCGCAGGCUCUGCGGCGCGUGCCCGCCCCGGCGCGGCCCUUCCCCGCUGCCCCCGACGGCGCGGAGCCUGCUGAGGUCCCGACGCCCCCUGGUGGCCGCGCGCAACGCAGCCAGGGACGCCGGGCCGCGCGGUCGCACGCGGGGCCCCUGCAGAGCAGCCUGAGCGCGUCGUGGGGCGAGCCCGGCGGCCUGCACGCGGCGGGCUGCGGCAGCACUAGCAGCUUUCUGAGCUCGCCCUCCGAGUCCUCGGGCUACGUCACGCUGCACUCGGACUCGCUGGGCUCUGCAUCCUAGGACCCCCAAAGACAGAGAUGCCACGCAGACGGAAAAAGCACAGCGCCACAGGUGUUAGGAGCUACUAAGCGCCACCUGCUCUAGGGGUGAAUGGAUGGUGGACUCUGUGCCCCUCUUACAGUUCUUUCCUUCUGGCGUCGCCUGGAGGGACGAUUGGCCGCCCUGGAGGGCUGAACAGAUCGUGGACCUGGUGCUGGGCAUGGCAUCUCCCAGGAAGGGAUAGGCUGUGCCUGUGUAGCGAGUGACAUCUGCACAUUUUGUACAGCUCUGAGGCUAGACCGGGACGUAGGGAACCUUGAGACCCGACCACGUUCUCAGAGAAGCUUAAGCUCGAAGUCACGACUGCAUCAUCCCGCACUGCCGCAGCCUCACCUCAAGGGUGUGGCGUGUAUAGUGUCCACAAACACAGGGGUCUUCAGAGCCCAAACAAGUUCUAUUGAGCAGGCUUUCUAUGUAGCCUGCCUCAGUUUCCCUAUCUCCGAAGAGUGGAUAGAUGACCAUGAUACAUCUCUCAGGGCUGUUUGAAGAACACUCCCGGGCUAUGUGCCCUCGCACUUGAAUGGACCAGGUGUGAGAGGUAGUGAGAGCCCUUUGUUAGGUCAGCCCUCAGCAUGUGGGCCCCAGAUUGAGGGCCCCUCAGUCUCAGUGACCUUUGCCCUCUUGGAGACUUGCCCCACUUUAGCUAAAGCACAACACCAUGGGUAUAUAACAGCCACCUCGAUCCCUGUUACUGUCCCCAUGCUCAAGAUUCCACCGUAUUGCCUGUCUCCCACUAUAUCGGCUGCCUCCGUGGUCCUGCUGCGAAGGCUGCGGGUGCCUGGAGCAGAGAACCAAAGCACGUGGAAGUGGACUUGUGUGUCUUGGCGCCUGUCUCCAGGUUUGCCUCCCACCUACACAGGCAAAGUCCCUGGAAAGGGUGUCUUGUACCCCACUUAUCCCGCAAGAAGGGCUUGGCUCCUGAGUAGACCCCUUUCUGGGUCUGGGCCGAGCCAGGGACAUGGGUAUCUCCAGGAGAGACUGGGAGCUGGGAGCGGAGGGGUACAGCUGGUGGACCCUCUGUGUUGGGACUUGGAGAUAGUCUCUAGGCCAGCACAGAGCCAGCCUGUGUCUCCUUGUUCUCCUUGAGAGAUGGCCAGGCCAGUCUCCUCUCCCUCUGCAGACAGACUUCCAACCCUGGCUGGGGCUGGGGGCUGGGGACUGGCCUAUCCUAGGCCUUAGAUCUCUGUCAUCCCUGCUUAAGUGAAAGAUCAGCUACCACGGAAGAGCAGAGUAGGGGACUUCGGUCCCUGUUGCCUCUGGAGAAGUUGCCUCUGGCUGUUUGCUGCUGUGCCUUCAGGGACUGACAUGUCAUACAGGGGCAGAGGCCACCAGCUAGCCACUGUCUCCCUCACAGGUCUCAAAUGACCAACUCACCACUUGGGUUUCACUCUGUAUUUUGUAUUCAAUGGCAAUACUUGUAAUGGGGACAUAGUCCCCCUAAGUCACUCCUAAUUUUUACAAAACUUUAAGGGCAAACCCUAAACCGAGGGCCCUAGGCAUCUAGGGCUCUUUCGCACACCCGGUUCAGCCUCCCUGUUUGCUGACAGCUGUAAGGACCUUGGCCCUGGGGUUACUGUCGAGAGAGCUAUCUCUAGACCACCACCCAGCCCAGAGGCAGGGAUUCCUUUGUAGUUUUUUUUGGGGGGGUGCGGGGGAAGCAUUUCUUUUCUGUACAGGACCCAAUAAAAAUUUCCUCAUGGUUUGCACACA